UUCAUCGUGUAGCUUGUCGGUUUCAAACUGUCUAGACUCUAAAGAAAAACGUAAAUAAAACAAAUCGAACUAACAGUCAACGCUCAACGACCUUGGGUUGGCUAAAUCCAAAGACAUCAUUAGCUUUAAUGCCUUAUGUGUCGCCCUACAGUAAGGAGAAAUUGACAUCAAGUGGUUAUGUAUCGGCCUAUGAUCAACGAAAACAUUCUGUAACAUCUACCAAUAGCACAAUAUCUCUGUCUAUUCCACAACGAAAAGUCAAUAUGGAGCAAAACGUUCAAUCGACUCCCCCAAACGUCAAUAUGGAGCAAAGCGUGGAAUCGCCUCCCCCGAAGGUAUCGAUCUUCGUAAGAAUAUUUCAUUGUAUUUUGCAAAUAUUCUGUAUAAAACCUGCCAUUCCGAAAACGAAUAACACUGUCCAUAUAGACGAUACCGAUGCCACGAACUUUAGUGGCCCUGAGAGACCUUUGAUAAGACCUUCUGUUUCUACAGUACCCAAAACCGUUGCCAACAAAAAACUGAAACCAGCUCAUGUAUACAUUUUUAAUCAUGAAAAAUUCGAUACUCAAACUGAAUAUCGAGUUGGUAGUGAGCAGGAUGUGAAAGCAUUGCGCAAAGUUUUCAAAGAAUUUAAUUGCAAAGUUGAGGUUAUAACCAAUGCCACAGUUGCAACCGUUAAGAGUACUGUAAAAAAAUUGGAACAGUCAAAUUUCGAGAAGCAAUCUGCAUUGGUUAUUGUUGUACUUAGCCAUGGUGAUCGCCACGAUAAAAUACUGGCCAAGGAUUUGGAUUACUACCUGGACGAUGAUAUCAUUUUUCCCAUUCUGCGAAAUCGCACGCUUGUCAAUAAACCAAAGAUGGUUAUUGUUCAGGCCUGUAAGGGAUCCAUGAUGAAAGGUGGUUUUAAAACUGAUGCCGCCCAACCGCAUGGAAGUCCAACCGAGGUCAUGAAAUGCUAUAGCACCUAUGAGGGCUAUGUGUCCUUUCGCUACGAGGAUGGCACACCAUUUAUACAAACCUUUUGUGAUGUUUUAAAAAAAUUUGGAAAGACAAAGCAUAUUGAUGCCAUAAUGACUGACGUUCGAAUUGCAAUUAAAAAUUCGACCAAUGACAUGCAAAUACCAUCGGUGCACUCUACAUUGACACAACAAUACGUUUUUGGCGAUUAUAUAUAAUUAUUAUUACAUGACCAGGACAGAAUUUAAGGAAGGGCUAGUCAGCUAGAGCCCUCCAUUAAACGAAGCUGAAAAUAUUAUGGCAUCCGAGCCGAAUAUCAAGGAGAAGAGCUACAUCGAACAUAUUUUAGGAUUCAAUUUUAGCAAUUCCGACUCCAUUAUGUAUGUAUGUACAUUUAUUUAUAUCACCAUUAAUACUCGCAUUAUUUGAGCCAUGUCAACCUGUGCGUUGUUCGUAAAUUUCGCCUAUACAAAACGAAGCCCAUUUUCUCCCCACUACUACCACAAUUAUAAAGUUGUUGUUAUCAAUAUUUGUAAAUAUACCAAAGUUCAAUGAUACGGCCAUAAUUUGUAAGAAUGAGUAAGAUAGCUUAUGCUUUCUACGCUUACAAAUAUCUGUAUAUAAACUCAAAUCUGUAUAUGUACUCAAUUUUUUUGCUAACACAAAUAUUAUAAGCCUUAUCGUUCUAAAGUGUACAGAAAAAAUACUCAUGUGCUGAUUAGGUAAAUAUAUAUCAUUGGAAAAAAUGUCUGAAAGGGUUUGAAAACUGCGAAAACUGUCAACAGUUUUGCUGUGUGCUGUUGCUUCUGCUUCGGAAACUAUG